AUGAAUGUCAGUGAAGUUUCAUUCCGCGAAAUCGCCAAACCAGUGUUUCUCACCUCGAGUCCGAAAAGAAAAUCCCUUCGAGAGAAGCAGUACCAAAGCUUCUGUGCAAGCAACGAGUCACGUGGUUAUGGAACGAUGAAGAGCUUUCAUUGCUCGACGACGAAAAAGCUGCUGAAACCAGUUCCUAGUGGAAUAAUUUCGCCAAUUGAUGCAGAUCGAACGAGCCAACACUUUCUGUCUUUGAAUCUCACUCAAUCUCCAGAAGCGAGAAUUCCGGCGCCGCCCUGUUCAAUUCAAGAUUCACAAGCCGAAAGCGACUCUGAUGACUUCGAUGACUUCGACGUUGACUUGAAUUUGACCCCGACAAAUGUCCCUCUCCGCUCCACUCAUGAUUUGGCCUCGAUCGACCUUUCCGUUGACUUAAAUCAGCCACUACAGUGCCCAAAAUGCCCUAGUUCCUUCGCCACCGACCAGGCCUACUCGAAGCAUCAAGAAGAACAUCUCAAAUUAAUUGGAGCACCUCUUCGAACCUCCAUCAGCUGCAGACACUGUCAAAAGAAAUUCAAAUCGAGUCUCAAGUUGAAAUGGCACCAGGAUAAACAUCAUUCUUCCGAGAUGGAAGUAUUAAUGGUGCUUUAA